CGGCGCAUGCGCGCUGGCCGCCCAGUCGGGGAAGAGCCGGAAACUCGGGAGACGAAAGUUCGGAUCGGCGCCGCCUGCCUCCCUCCCUCUCCCUCCCGCCCGCCCGCCUCGGCCGUCGCGCCAUGUCGGGCUCGUCCAACGUCGCCGCCAUGAAGAAGGUGGUGCAGCAGCUGCGGCUGGAGGCCGGUCUCAACCGGGUGAAGGUUUCUCAGGCCGCUGCAGAUCUGAAGCAGUUCUGUCUGCAGAAUGCACCACACGACCCCCUGUUGACCGGUGUGUCUUCGAGUACAAAUCCUUUUAGACCCCAGAAAGUCUGUUCGUUUUUGUAAUGCGGGGAAAUUCGAGUUUCUUUCAACGAUUUUCUGGACUUCUGCGAGGUGACGGAUGACGACGAAGACGCCGUUCAGAGGAGAGACGUGAUUCUUCUGCCUGUACAAAAGCUUAGCCUUAACAUGUGCCAAAUUAACUGUACAAAUUUCUACUUUUGUCAGACUAACAGCUACCUCUCACUUCAAUAAUUUCUCUUUUACGAGGGCGGUGUAAUCGAUUUUAUACAUUUACGUAACAGCAAUAAAAUGGUUGGAGGAUA